UCUCUCUUAGUGCCUCCUUGUUUUCAUACUCAGCCCAGCCUCCUCUGCAAGCAUUACCUUUGCAGCCGCUCUCUUGCUGCAUUAGAGCCCCCCUGGUCCUUUUCAUUUUAAACAAGGGGUUCAGGAGAUACAGGAGGCAUUGGCCUCACAAUACCCUCCUCCCCAUUGCCCCUCCCCCCAUUUGCCCCUCACAGUUGCUCAUCUUGCAGUUCUUUUCCUGUGGUGGGUACACUAGAGGGAUCUGUAUGGCAAACUGAGUGCUUCCCACCUCCACAGCCCUCUCUCUACUGACAGCCCCUAGAUUGGUCCUGUGGAGUGCAGGAGAUACUGAGAAACCACAAUGACAACAGAACCGGGGACAGAUACCGAGCUUCCACCAGGGCCAGAUGGGCCUUCUCAAGAUGGAGUAUCCAGUCCAGCCCUGCAUUCCCAAGAUAAUCCACACUCCCCUGCCAAUAACGUGGAGAGGCUAAGUGCCAGUGACAGACCCCUAGAGGAAGACGACAGAUCAGAUGGGGCCCCGGACAGAACAACACCCACUCACGCCCAGCGGUCACCCCAAAAACUUCCAAGAAAACCCAAGAGUGCCCUUUGCAGAGUGUCUCUGCUGGAUUCAUCACACUACGAGUGCGAGGUGGAGAAGCAUGCCCGAGGCCAAGUGCUGUUUGACAUAGUGUGUGGGCACCUCAACCUGCUGGAGAAAGAUUAUUUUGGUUUGACGUUCUGUGACUCAGACAGCCAAAAGAACUGGCUGGAUCCCUCCAAGGAAAUAAAAAAACAGAUCAGAAGUGGUCCCUGGACAUUUGGUUUCACAGUAAAGUUUUACCCCCCAGAUCCUGCUCAGCUCACCGAAGACAUUACAAGGUAUUACUUAUGUCUGCAACUGAGAGCUGACAUCAUCAGUGGGCGACUUCCCUGCUCUUUUGUCACUCAUGCCCUACUUGGGUCAUACACAGUACAGGCUGAGCUCGGAGAUUUUGACCCCGAGGAGAAUCAUGGUAACUACGUGAGUGAACUGCGCUUCUCCCCAAACCAAACGCGAGAGCUGGAAGAGAGAGUGAUGGAGCUCCACAAAACAUACAGGGGGAUGACUCCAGCUGAAGCAGAGAUUCACUUUUUAGAAAAUGCCAAGAAGCUGUCGAUGUAUGGAGUGGAUUUACACCAUGCCAAGGACUCUGAAGGCAUUGAUAUAAUGCUGGGUGUCUGUGCCAAUGGACUACUAAUCUACAGAGACCGGCUGAGGAUAAAUCGCUUUGCAUGGCCAAAGAUCCUAAAGAUUUCUUACAAGAGGAGCAAUUUCUACAUCAAGAUCCGACCGGGAGAGUAUGAGCAAUUUGAGAGCACCAUCGGGUUCAAAUUACCAAAUCACAGAGCAGCAAAGCGUCUAUGGAAGGUCUGCAUAGAACAUCACACCUUCUUCAGGCUUGUCUCGCCAGAGCCUGCCCCAAAGGGUUUUCUAGUGAUGGGUUCCAAAUUUCGGUACAGUGGUCGUACGCAGGCACAAACACAGCAGGCAAGUGCCCUAAUAGACCGGCCGGCUCCCAACUUUAAACGCUCUGCCAGCAAACGAUACACGCUGUCCCAGAGCCACGAAGGAGGAUUCUCGCGACAUGCUGCUGUGAAUGAGAACCAUGAGUCGUCACCAGAGAAAAAUCACGAAGGUUCUCGAAGAGAGAGGGAGGAGGACGAAGAAGAAGAGGUGACAACACCUACCAAAAUCAAGGAACUAAAGUCGGAACAAGAGAGCACUCCCCGGCACAAGGAGUUCCUGGACAAGUCGGAAGAUGUCCUGUUGAAGCACCAGGCCAGUAUCAACGAACUGAAGAGAACUUUGAAACAACCAAACAGCAAACUGGUUCACAGAGAACGUGGAAGUCAAAAACGGCUUCCUUCCUCACCUACCUCCUCAUCCCCCAAACCAGAGGACGCAGACGACAUGAUUAGAGGAGAAGAGGAGGAGCCUGAUGCUGCCAAUGCCCAGGAUUCAGAUGUUUUCACCCAGAAAAGUGUGACUUCUUCUCCCGAGGGUAUGGAGCAUUGGGUUAUUAUAGAAAAGUCGUCAGACAGUGCUCAGGCAUCUUUUGGAGAAGUUGGAAAAAAAGAGAAUGUGCUUGCAGGAGCAGACUUGUCUCUCAAAGGUGAGGAGCUGUCCCAAAUACAAGAACAUCUUCCCUGGGAUAGAGAAGAGACAGUACAUGAGGAGAGGGGGGCAGAUAAAUUUGUACACUCAACAAAAGGGGUGGCAAGAAGAAUCAGGCUAACACAGAGAGAGGAACGUUUGGUGAUGGUGACAAGUGAGUUGGAUGAUGUGGAUGGUGUAGAGAACAAGGCAAGAACCGCUCCUGACGGUGCACCAUCUGAGAAUGGCAGAGAUUGGGCAAUCAUUGUGGAAAAGACAGAUCCAAGCAUUGCUUGGAUACCUGGAGAAAAAUCUGAGAAAAGAGAGGAGAAGGCUAUAGAAGGAGUAGAGAUGACCUUUUCAAAAAGAGAUAAAAGAGAUGGAGCAUCAGACAGAGCCCAGGGCAUUUCUCGUACGUUUGUGGAACAUGUGGAAAGCAGGCGUGUUAUUGUGUGUGAGGAGGAGACUGAUGACAGUGCUGAGGAACUGGAGAAAGAAUAUUCUAUUGGAAGCAGUUGGAAUGAUCAGGAAAGGUCAUUGGUUUGGCUUGAAAGUUCUGGUUACCAAGAGCUUAGUGGAGAAGUUGAACAGGACAACAGAGAUGGUUCUGCAAAGUCUCAUCAACACGGUGGAGAGAUACAUUUUAAGGAAUUAAACAGUAGAGAAAAUGAUGGGAGCCUCUCAGGACAUGCAACAUCUUCUUUACUAAAUGGAAGAAAAGAGGUAAAUCAAGAAUAUGUUACCACUGACUUGUUAAUGGCAGAUUUGCAUUCAGAAGAGGCAAGAGAAGAGAACCAAGUGACAAGUAUGAACAGAAGAGAAGAGUUGGAAGCUUCUGCACUGAGGAAUGAACCGUUGUCUUCGGGUGUUGAAGUUACUGUAGAAAGAGGUACAGAGGACACACCAUUUGAAGACUGGGGUCCACCAGUGCUUCAUUUUAUGUUGCCCACCAUCAUACCACUGCCUGUGUCCAUGCCUAGGGAUCGAGGUCACCAAGAAGCACCAAGGUCUCCAGUCACAAACCCAACUGAGAGGAUCCUCCUUCAACCUAACCCAAGAUCUCCUUCAGUACCUUACCAAGGAGGAGAUAACAGCCCUGUGGAGUCCACCACUGAUACCCCUGGGGAUCUCUCUUCUCCAGAUUCUGGAUGUGAAAUCACACUGACAGAUGCGGCGUGUCAACCCCUCGAACCGACAGCCUGGGAGGAAAGGGAUAUCCCGUCCGCCCUCAGAGAAGUCUCCCUACCGGACCAGGGUUUUAGGAAAGCCGGGACAGUCUUUUAUCAGAGAGUGAGCAGCAGGGAAGCAGAGGAAGCACGAGGAGCUGGAGAUGAGGAACAAAACACUGGUCUGCUGAAGGAGAACCAACUGAGUAUUGAAAGGAAAUGUUCCAGCAUUACUGUCAGCUCAACAUCCAGUCUGGAGGCCGAGGUGGACUUCACAGUUAUUGGUGAUUACCAUUCCAACGUAGGAUUUGAGGACUUCACCCGCAGCUUGCCAGAGUUGCAUCGAGACCAGGGAGACGGGGCAGGAGGCCCUGCAGAAAAUAAUCCAGCAGUAGAACCCCAAGAGACUCAUGAUGAGGAUAGUGAGGAUCAAUCUGAGGCAUGUCUACAGAGAGCGCAGGAAGGAGCCUUGAGAUCUGAAAGCAGCUCAAGUCGGACAGAGAUACCCGGCAUAGUGCACACGCAGGUUAUUACCGUUCAAACCACCCAGGUGGGAGAUACGGAUCCUGUUGUCAGCACUCAGAUCACAACGACAGAGACUGUAACACUUGCUCAGCCUGAGGACUUUAGUACGGAAACAGAAAGUGCAGAACAAGUCCAGGCAGUAACAACUGUAGAAAACACGCAGGGGACACAAGCAGACGCCACACGCACCCAACAUGCUGCCCACGGAGCAAGUGCCGCCCAUGCGGCCACCGCGGAAACACUAUCCUCUUCAACAACUACCCACGUCACCAAGACUGUCAAAGGCGGGUUCUCUGAGACUCGGAUAGAGAAAAGGAUAAUCAUUACUGGCGAUGAAGAUGUAGAUCAAGAGCAGGCUCUAGCAUUGGCCAUAAAGGAAGCAAAACUGCAGCAUCCAGAUAUGUUGGUCACCAAGGCUGUAGUGUAUUGCGAGACAGAGCCUUCCCCUGAGGAGUCUGGAGAAAGUGAACAGAAAUCUUGACCUUGGAUUUUGGAUGUGAAACCUCCCCUCUGCCUUCCUUGCUGUUCCCCACCUAAAAAUAAGGACAUACCCUCUCUUUCCUGAUCCCAAACCAUGCCAGCUGCAAAACCUUCACACCAGGGUGAAACCACGCUGACAGCGCCCCCAGACAGAGAGAGAGACUUGCCACCCUCCCAGGAGCAGAAAAUCAAACUCCUCGCAGUACAUGGAGCAACAAGACACUUUCUUUACUCCUUCUCCCCAUUGCUCCCUCAUCUCCUGAGAAGCAUGCGUGGCAAUGCGUGACUGCAUGCGGCAUCUACAGGGUUACGUUUUUCUGUGAAGUUAGGAAAUUUAUGCUCUUAGCUAAUACAGAGGUCUCUGACCAAACCCCUCAGUGAACGUCAGGGCAUUUCAGUAGUGAAUGGUCUAUUUAAACUAUAACGAGAUCACGCCUCCAUUAGAUAGAACCCCAUCACUGUGUAAACCUGUGCUUAUAAACUGCAGACUGGGGGACAUUGUACGUUAGAUAGAACCCCAGCACUGUCUGAGCCUGUCCUGAUAAUCUGCCGUCAGGAGGUCAUUCUACUUCACAUAGGAAUCUGAGAACUGUCUGAGUAUUUACUGGUACUUUGCAUCCAGGAGAUCAUUCUAUAUAUAAUCUAUCCAUAGCAUUCCAUUUCCUCCUCUGCAGCCGUAGCAAUAUAAUAUUUUGGUUAUGUCAAGAAAAUGAAGAAAUCUGCAUUUUCAAGAGGUGGGUGUGGAUUUUCACUUCUACAGAUCAGUGCGAAUCAUUAAAAGGCUGAUCUUUGUCCCAGGACAGUAGAUGUUACUGCUCUAUUAACCUGUUUGUUGCCAGCUAUAGAGCCUGAAGAUGCCCUUGCUCCCUGGGGAUCGGCUGAGCCACGUGCGUGAAAAUUUUAACAUGGCACAGGGGGAGGCCUCACCCAAUGCAAUGCUGUGCUCUCCCCCAAGUCCCUCCUCCACCCUGUGCUCCGUGAUCACUGCUCUAUAGCCAAUAAAAACAAAGUCAGUGUGUUAA